AUGGCAUCCCACGCUUUCAACCUCGCAUCGCCGCGUCGGUCCUCCGAACGAUGGCCCCUCCCGGCGGAUAUCCACAAUGGGACCGCCCCGCGUAACGACAUGUCACAAGCAGCUGGCGGCUGGCCCCUUCUCGCAGUCCUCUCUUCAGCCUCGAACUCCGAGGCUCUUAGACCGAGCGUAACAACCAUCACGUCGUCCAAGAAAAAAAUUCUCUUUUUAACCCCUCGUUCUUCAUGCCCUGCAACCCGAACCGCACCGCAUCGGUCUCGCAUCGGCCCUCUUGCCCAGGUUUGCAUGGUCCGGCCCCUCCCCUCAGUUUCCAGUUUUCUCCAGUUUAGGAACCGUCGCCAUUCCUUGCGCAGCGAUCAAAUGUACAGCACGGCAAGGCAAGGCAGAGGCACUUACUCGGCACGGACAUGGACAUCCUUCAUCGUCUGA